UGUUGGUGGGGGGAAAAAAGACAUUGUGGCCCGAGGGGUUGCAGUCAGAUUAUCAUCUUCUGCUCGCCAUUUGUUUACUUCCCCGUUCGACAGGUCCUGUUGAGACAAGAGACUUGUGAAUCGAGGAGAACAAUAAGCUCAAAUCUCAUUAAUAAUCAGCCUAUGUGACUCUAAUUAGGGUUAGCAGUUUAAGGGAGACGGCGGCUUUCCCGGCACAUCGUGUGCGGUGGCCAUUGUGUGAGAUGAAAGUGGUUACGCGCGUACGCAACUCACAGGCGCAACUGGCAGUACGCAAAGUGAACCUUGGAAUUCAUUCAUAAGCUGUUCCAUUCACUCGCUGCUCACCCUUCCCACCCAAAACAAUCCGUUCCGGCCAAAGCCAUUCUUAAAACUGUAGAACGGCCGCCGAGAUUUCAUUCUCCACUUACCUGAUAACAGUGCCAAGGCUUGCGAGCAAACUGGAUGGAAUCUGCACACAAUCGGCAGAGUUUGAACAAACCAGACACUGGUUAUGAUCAUGCUCCCCACUUGAUAACCGGCACAAUAUCUGCCCAACUUCUCUCUACUUCAUCAUCUGCUUCCAUGGUAGACUCAAACAAUGAACCUCAAGCCCUCUUCACCGAAGGGAGUCUACAAGAAGACCAUGGGCUCGACCAGUUCAUCACCACUCUUAUCGAAAACCACAUUUGGUUGAUUGGGGUUUUAACGGGAAUCAUCAUCAUCCUAGUAGUGCUCAGUUGCUCUCUCAGAAGUAACUACUUUCAAGAAAACUACUUCUUUACCAGGGCCAAAGAAUGGGUGCAUCUGCCUUUGCUGCAGCAGUCUGGCCAGGACUCGCUGCUGACAGCAGAGAAUGGAGCAAAUCCCAACAAUGUCCCCGUCAGUGAACCUGAGCCUCAGUUGACUCCUACUCCUGCUCAACAUGCUGACCUGUGCUCCUGGGUCUCGGAAACGAGUCCAGACGAACGACAAACUAAAAGGAAGUCAUCUUGGAACGAAGCUGAACUCAACAAUCAACACAAUUUGACAUCAGCUGUUGAUAUGUCGACACUGUUAUUGACGGAAACGAGCCCUGAGCAACCAGAGUUUCCAGUUCAGCCAACAACACCUAAGAGUCCUUCUUGUGACUCAAAUUUGGAUUCGCUCAGAAAUAGUUUCAAGGCCCAAAAGAACCAUUUUGUCUUCAAUGCCGACAUUUUCCUGACCAAGUCGGAGAGUUUAGACGAAGCUCACAGUCGAUCUCAGCCCCGCGAAAAGUGUUUUAAAACCAAUCGAAGUGUCGACGAAAUCCUGUCACGACAGGACGAUAACCAGACCGAUUCACAGUCACUCGAUCAGCAACAUACGAGCACAUCCAGCAUUCCUUGCACCCCGUUAAAAUGCCGAAAAUUGCAAGAAAGACGUGGCUCAAAUCAUUCUUUGACCAUCGCCGUCAGCAAGCCAGCCGAAACAAAUAUUUUGCCGACUGUCGUCACACCAAGAGAGUGCUCGGCGGCGCAAUUUCUUUUGACAGCAGGUAAUUGCAUGGAUCGUCGACAACUUCAAUCUUGUCUCAAAGAUGUCAAAGCUCUGCACGCCGAAUUCUGGUCGAUCCCGACCAACGCAACUGAGCUCUGCGAACAAGUUUCGGGUUGUUCCAUGAAAAAUCGCUACCGUUACGUCUUACCCAACCCUCAAAGUCGUGUCAAACUUCCCUUACUGACGGAUGCCUCUGACCUUGCCAGCACUUACAUCAACGCCAAUUACGUCAGAGCAGAAAAUGGGGACGCCCGCGCUUACAUCGCUACUCAGGGACCAUUAGAUAAUACCAUCAACGAUUUUUGGUUGAUGGUGUGGGCAGAACGUGCGCCAGCCAUCGUCAUGAUCACAAAGUUGGUGGAAUCAGGAAAAGCCAAGUGCGAGCCCUAUCUUCCAGAUGGCGAAACGGGUCGCUAUGGCGAUGUUAUCGUCAGCCAAGAGUCAAUAUCUGAGACUUCCGGCUGCACUGUGCGACAGCUGUCACUAAAGCGGGAAGGAGAAGAAGAAAUUCAUCGCACCGUUCACUAUUGGUAUUGCGACUGGCCGGACCACAAAACGCCAGACAAUCCGCGCACCUUAGUGGAUUUGGCCGUAACUAUCGAAUCUCUUCGACGGGGAAGCAACUGUCUUCUCCUGUCGUCUCCACUUUCGUCAUCGCCUCCAAUCGAAUCGGGACCUAUUGUCGUACACUGCAGCGCGGGAGUGGGCCGUACCGGCUGCUUCAUUGCCAUUUGCCAAGGUCUAAGUCAACUCUUAGCCGAAGGCAAAGUCGACAUCCUUGGGAUUGUUUGUUCCCUGCGCUGUGACAGGGGAGGAAUGGUUCAGACGGCGGAACAGUACGAGUUUAUUCACCGCGGCCUGUGCCUCUUUGAGAGAAGCACUCUCUCCGAUUACGCCGGCGACUAAUGGUCCACCGCCAGUCCCAAAACUCUACAAGGCAACUCUCGGCAAAAAUGAAAGAAAAGGAAGUUGUUUUUUUUCUUUUUCUUUUUACAAUAUGCUCCCCCCACUAUUACUCGUAGCAAAAAAUAGCACAACAACAACAACAAAACGAAGGCAAAUCCCCUUCGCUUUCACCCGCAAUCGUGUGCUGUAGCACACAGGUAACAAAUGAUUCUUGUCGGAAAUAUUGAUGUAUUAUUGCGAGACUAUGCACGCCCCCCUCCUCGCUUCAUUCUACAAAUAACAAGAGUGCAACAACAUCUAGAAUUGAUUCUACUCUUGAAACCACAACGGGGCUCCCGUUUUAUUUCGUUUGGGCUCAAAGAGGAGCCGUACCUGAAUGCAACACAAAAACAAUCCGCCAACUGCCCACCGCUUCGCCCUAAUUUUCCAACAAAUUUGUCAAACGGGUUCAAAACAAGUUUCGAUAUUAGAAGAUGAAGGCCAUGACGACUCGAUAUUAGUUGAUCAAGUGAAAACAAGUAGGAAAAUCAACACGUCAAAUUCGAGUUUUAGUGCAAAACCGGAAAGAUAUGUCAAUAUGGACAUGUCUCUCUUAAUUUCUAUCCUAUAUUUUUUUUUAAGUUGUUCCUAAUUUUGUCUAUCCACCGCACUGUUAUUAUUAUCCGUGUUUCUUUUUUCUGAGCCAAUUAUUUUGCUUCAUCGAAGAAAAAAGAAAAAUGUUUUUGGUAGAUCUCACUGCGAUGAAUCUGCGUGCCGAUUUGAAGAAUGCGCCCCAUCACCCUAUCGAGGGGGUAGUAACUAUAGUAGAUUUCUCCUCCUCAAUUUCGUUGUUUGUUAUUUCAUUUUUCUCGAUUGUUUUUCUAGUUUCUUUUUAUCAAGUAUUACCUUCUUCUUUAUUCAGAAACAACAAAAAAAAAAACAUAAUAGAAAAAAAUGCAAAAAUGUCUUGGUAUCUUUCCCGCCCUGUCACGUAAAAAACUAUUCAACAUGGCUAGUGAUUUUGUGUAAUAAUUGGGAGCAACGUUUGUGUCUGUACCCUGCGCCACUCUUCUUUGCCUCUGCUCUUUUUAGCUGCUGUUGCUUAGAAUCUGUGUGUGUGUGAUUAUGUGUACAUGUGGCAUAUCGAUUGCGUUAUAAUGUCGCGCUGCUCUGUCCCGCUCUCUCUCCUUCUCGGCAAACAUGAAACGAUGAUCUUGUUACAUGUUCUUUAUCCAAACAAGAAUAUAAAUAUAUAUAUAUAUA